AUGUUCCAGGCUAUGACGGUGAUGAGGGAAUACGCGGUUAUCGCUAGAUACCAACAGACAGAUUAUCUAUAUCCUAUCAUGCGCAGCUGUUGUAUUCAAGCCGAUAUCCACGCAUACGUACGUGUCACGGAUUCAUUAGUUGUUAAUACCCUUUCCUCCGGGGAGACGAUGACGAUGAAUAUUAAGGAGAUGUGGGGUAACUAUUUUUUCUUCUCUCUUGAAGUAAUGGCCGGAUCACCAAUUCGAGCACCUCUAACCAACCUUAUAUUCCCCCAGUCUGAAGAGAAGAUGAUGACAGGCAAUACCGGUUCACCAAUCUCUGGUAUGCAAUCGCGAUCACCGACAUAUUCUCGUUUUCCUGAAGGCCCAUAUUUCAAUGAGAAUACCCCAUCUUCACCCCCGAUGAAGAAAAGGUGUCUAGAUGUUACGACAGAACAGGAACACCUUCCACAGCAGCAACAACACCAAUCAACUGCUUCUAGUACUGGAGAAACAACAGGAACUACGCAACAAAUUCAUGAUUGUAGCAGUGAUUCUUUACAGACCAGCUCAACAAGUCUAUCACCUAAAGUUGAACAAGGAACUCGACAACCUCAAAAUCAGAAUGGUGAUGAAAAAGAGUCAAAGCAAGAAGACACCGAUACGUCUAAGGACAUGCUACAGCAGAAUCCAAUGUCCCUCUGGGGGAACAUUCUUCCUGAUUCAGCUUAUCCACGGAUCUCCCUGUUCCCUAAGAAUUUUCCACCAAUGUUUCCACCAGGGUGCACAGCUACUGGUACUCAGGGGAUACCGACAAUCACUCCUACAUCACAGGGAGAACCCGUGUCUUUAGGAACCUCAGCUUUGGCAGCUGCAGCCGCUAUGGCAAUGAGUCCCUUAUUUCAAAACGCACCUGGUGGUCCCGGAAGUACUGCCUCACCCUGGAAUCCAAUGCUUGCUGCCGCAGCCGCUGCAUUUGCAAAUGGACGCUUUCCAAUACCAGGACUUCCUUCAAGACCCCAUGGAGAUGGCGAAUGUUUUGGGGAUAAAGAUGGAGACUUAUCACCAAGGUCCGGUAGUCCAUCGCCACUUUCAGGAGUCGGUUCCUCUGUAGAAUGUGUUGAAGCCCUGCCAGAUUCCAAUCAAGCUGGACAUCAUUGGACAUUCCAAGAACAAUUUAAACAGCUCUACGAAUUAUCUCCGGACCCAAAAAGAAAGGAGUUCCUGGACGAUCUUUUCAAUUUUAUGCAAAAACGAGGUUCACCGGUGAAUCGCAUUCCAAUUAUGGCAAAACAGGUCUUGGAUCUCUAUGAGCUCUACCGUCUUGUGGUGACAAGAGGAGGCCUAGUUGAAGUGAUCAAUAAGAAACUCUGGAGAGAAAUUACAAAAGGUCUUCAGUUGCCCUCCUCCAUCACCAGCGCUGCUUUUACCUUAAGAACACAGUACAUGAAAUACCUCUACCCCUACGAGUGCGAGAAAUUGAACCUCAGCACUCCAAAUGAACUUCAAGCCGCUAUUGAUGGGAACCGAAGGGAGGCGAGAAGAUCCUCGUAUAGCUUCGAUUACCCAAUGCUCAUGGGUCCAUGCUCGAGUGCAGGAACAACCCCAAAUUCAGCAGGACAGCCGAUACCGAGUAACCCUCUUGGAACCGCAUUUCCUCAAUCACAUCUCUCCCAUCAUUCCCUGCUCAAUCCUGGUCAACCUCUUCUGGCCCCACCAUGUUCUGUCGCUCAGGCUUCUAUGUUGCCUCCUGGUCUCCUCCUACCUCCAGGUUUUUCUUCCCAAAAUGCUAGUAGAAACGGUAAUAUUCUUGGGGAAAAUCCCUUUUUUGGUUUCCCUGGAAUGAGUGUUUCAACACCAAACCCCAAUGCCCUAGUAAUUCCUACUUCCCUUCCGUCUAAUUCAAGUGCAUUAGAUUCAAAGACUUACCUUGAAAACGAUCAAUUAAUGAAGCAAAAGCAGGCCAAAGGCCUCCAAAGAAGUAUGUCUUCUCUGCCAUCCACAAUGAUGACAAAUGACGUGACAUCAAAUUCUCGACCGAACUCCAAAUCCAAUUACUCCUCUCCGGCAACUCUGGAAACUGGCCUCACUUCAGAAGGAAACCAACAAAAGAAACCUAUUAAUUUCGAAAUGGAUCAACGGCAAUCCCAGCAACGAUCAUCAUCACCUCAUCUAAAAGAAGCUAUGGAUUCCAAUGAAGGAACUCAUGAGACUACGUCGGCACGUUUCUCGGAGUUUUUGAAACAACGCAUGCCGUCUAAUGAGGCCGAAGAGACGCAAGGUCUUAACUUUGCAAUGGGCGACAUUAUGCAGAAUGCCUGUCACAUCAUAAACAUGUCAACACCAAAAUCGCAAUCUUCUUCUGACAAGAGAGGCGCUAUGAGUGAAUUCGCAGAUGACAGACGAAUAGGGAAAAUGAAUGCGCCGAUUCAGGAGAACGGCGACUUCUCCAAUUGCAAUAUGCAAUCUGCUUCCAGCAUGCGUAUCAGUACGCAAACAGGAAGCCAACUUGGUUUGCCGGAUAAUACACUAGUUGUCUGUAUGGAAAUCGCCGGAGUGGUCUACCAAGGUGUUCUCUUUGGCCAAAUCAAGACAACCGCAUAG